UGAAAGCUAUUGAAGAUUCAAUGAAUUCUGUUGUCGUUUUUUCGCAAAACUAUGCUCAUUCAAAAUGGUGCUUGGAUGAGCUUGAUAAGAUCAUGCGGUCCAGGAAAGAAAAGAGACAAAUGGUUUUGCCAGUUUUCUAUCAUGUGGACCCAUCUGAUGUGCGGAAACAAACGGGGAGUUUUGGAGAAGUCACUGAGGAGAGGGUGCUGAGAUGGAGGAAGGCACUGACGGAAGCGGCCAAUUUGGCUGGAUGGCAUGUGCAGGAGGAUGGGUAUGAAACAGAGGCUAUUCAGAAAAUUGUUCAAGAAAUUUGCGAUUUGAUUUCUGUUAGAAAGCCCUUAGAUCUUGAUGAUAAACUGAUUGGAAUGGGACCUUGUUUGAAAGAUAUUGCUUCAUUAAUAUCUAAUGACUCAGACAAUGUUCGCAUGAUUGGGAUACAUGGAAUUGGUGGAAUAGGCAAGACAACCCUCGCUAAAAUUGUAUAUAACCAAAAUUUUUAUAAAUUUGAAGGUGCUUGCUUUCUUUCAAGUGUUAGCAAGAGGGAUUUGCUUCAGUUACAAAAUGAACUUCUUAAAGCUCUUACGGGGCCCUAUUUUCCAAGUGCAAGGAACAUUUAUGAAGGCAUUAAUAUGAUAAAGGAUAGACUCCGCUUUAGAAAGGUUCUUGUUAUUCUUGAUGACAUUGAUGAUCAGGCUCAAUUAGAAUUCUUAGCUGUAAGGUCUAAAUGGUUUGGUUCGGGUAGUAGAAUUAUUGUAACGACUAGAGAUAAACGUUUACUACAGGUGUUUCGAUUAUAUGAGGUUAAGGAAUUAAAUUCUGAGGAAGCUCUUCACCUCUUUUCUCUGUAUGCGUUUAUGAUGGAUGGUCCUCAAAAAGGUUUUGAAAAGCUCUCAAGAUGCAUAGUGGAUCAUUGUGAGGGACUUCCAUUGGCUCUUAAGGUUCUGGGUUCUCUCUUAUAUGGUAGGACAAAACCUGAAUGGGAAAAUGAGUUGGCUAAGAUGAGAAACUUACGUAGUCAGAAAAUCCAUAGUGUGCUUCUUAGAAGUUUUCAUGGACUGGAUCGCACAAAUAGAAGAAUACUCCUUGAUAUUGCAUGCUUCUUCAAAGGGGAGGAUAUAAAAUUUGUUAGAGAAAUACUUGAAGCUUGCAAUUUCUGUGCACACCCUGGAAUAAGAAUACUCAAUGAAAAAGCUCUCAUUAGUGUUUCGAAUGACAAGUUAUUGAUGCAUGAUUUAAUACAGCAAAUGGGUUGGGAUAUUGUUCGGGAGAAAUAUCCUGAUGAACCUGGCAAAUGGAGCAGAUUGUGGGACCCUGAAGAUAUCUAUCAUGUAUUGACAACAAAUACGGGGACACAGGCAAUUGAAGGCAUAUUCCUAGACAUGUCUGCAUCAAAAGAAAUACAUCUUACAACUGAUGCUUUCAAAAAGAUGAAAAAGCUUAGAUUGCUCCGAGUCUAUCAUAAUUUAAAAAAUAUUUCUGACACCAUACAUCUUCCUCAAGAUUUUAAAUUUCCUUCUCAUGAGUUGAGAUAUCUCCAUUGGGAUGGAUGGACUUUGGAAUCAUUGCCAUCAAAUUUUCAUGGUGAGAAAUUGGUUGAACUCAGUUUGAAGCAUAGCAGCAUAAAACGACUUUGGAAAGAGCACAAGUGUCUUGGAAAGUUAAAAGUCAUCAAUCUCAGUAACUCUCAACACCUUGUGGAGUGUCCGAACUUGUCGGGUGCACCACAUGUGAAGAGGCUAAUUCUUGAUGGUUGUACAAGUUUGCUUGAGGUGCACCCAUCAGUUGCAAAGCUGAAGAGACUUACUAUCUUGAAUAUGAAAAACUGCAAAAUGCUUCACCAUUUUCCAAGCAUCACUGGAUUGGAAUCACUUAAAGUUCUUAACCUCUCUGGCUGCUCAAAACUUGACAAGUUUCCAGAGAUCCAAGGGUAUAUGGAAUAUUUGUCGGAGCUUAAUUUGGAAGGGACUGCUAUUGUAGAACUUCCUUCUUCAGUGGUGUUUCUUCCACAACUUGUUUCAUUGGAUAUGAAAAACUGCAAAAACCUUAAGAUUCUUCCAAGCAACAUUUGUUCUUUGAAAUCCCUUGAAACUCUGGUGUUCUCUGGCUGUUCAGGACUAGAGAUGUUUCCAGAAAUCAUGGAAGUUAUGGAAAGUUUACAAAAGCUUCUCUUAGAUGGAACGUCUAUAAAAGAGCUGCCCCCCUCAAUUGUUCAUCUUAAAGGCCUUCAGUUAUUGAGUCUAAGAAAAUGCAAAAACCUCAGGAGUCUUCCGAACAGCAUUUGCAGUUUGAGAUCCCUUGAAACCCUCAUUGUCUCUGGUUGCUCGAACCUCAACAAAUUGCCAGAGGAACUGGGAAGCUUGCAAUACUUAAUGAUUCUUCAAGCUGAUGGAACUGCCAUAACACAACCACCUUUCUCACUUGUUCACUUGAGAAACCUUAAAGAGUUAUCCUUUAGGGGAUGUAAAGGAUCAACAUCUAACUCCUGGAUUUCGUCCCUUGUAUUUAGGUUACUGCGUAGAGAAAACUCAGAUGGGACUGGUUUGCAGUUGCCUUAUUUGUCAGGUUUAUACUCCUUAAAAUAUUUAGAUCUUAGUGGCUGCAAUCUAACAGAUGGAUCAAUCAAUGACAAUCUUGGCCGCUUACGCUUCUUGGAAGAAUUAAACCUUAGCAGGAACAAUUUGGUUAUGGUACCUGAGGGGGUGCAUAGACUUUCUAAUCUAAGGGUCCUUUCUGUGAAUCAGUGCAAAAGCCUUCAAGAAAUUUCCAAGCUUCCACCAAGUAUAAAAUCAUUAGAUGCUGGGGAUUGCAUAUCCCUUGAGUUUUUAUCAAUUCCCUCUCCACAGUCACCACAGUACCUAUCGUCUUCCUCUUGCCUUCAUCCUCUAUCUUUCAAACUGUCGAAUUGCUUCGCACUAGCUCAGGAUAAUGUGGCAACCAUACUGGAGAAACUUCAUCAGAACUUUCUUCCAGAAAUUGAAUACAGUAUUGUUCUUCCUGGAAGUACAAUUCCAGAGUGGUUCCAGCAUCCAAGUAUCGGAUCCUCAGAAACAAUAGAGCUGCCUCCAAAUUGGCAUAACAAGGACUUUCUGGGUUUUGCUCUAUGCUCUGUGUUCACACUUGAGGAGGACGAAAUCAUUCAAGGCCCUGGUCAGAUUUGUUGUAAUUUUAAAUUUAGAGAGGGGCCUUAUUUGAGUAGCUCCAUCUCUUGGACACACAGCGGAGACAGAGUGGUUGAAACUGAUCACAUAUGGCUGGUGUAUCAACCUGGUGCUAAACUUAUGAUAUCCAAGACCAGUAGCCUCAAUAAAUUCAAGAAAAUUACAGCUUAUUUUAGUCUCUCUGGGGCAUCCCAUGUGAUGAAAAACUGUGGAAUCCAUCUUAUAUACGCCCAAGAUAAGAAAGUGAACCAUCAAACAAGGUAUACAAGUGCCAAGAGAAGCAGUGAUAGAAGUGGUUAUUUCCGUCUUGAGGAAACACAACCUAAGAAGAGGCUAAGAGGAGGAGAGAACUAUGAGGAAGGAUCUCAUGCUUAAACUCAUCCAAGAAUGCUUAUACUCCAAAAAUGGCUUCUGUUAGCUUAUUGGUGAGUCACUUCUCUCUUUCUUCUCAUUUCUAUAUGGCAAAGUCAUUCCAUUCUCUGAAUGUAUAUGUCUAGUUCAUACGUGUGAGUGUUUAGCUAGGUUGGCAAUUCCGGACAAAAUUCCUAAGUGUCUCC